CUUGUCCAUUGUACGCACUGUUCUGAAAGAAUGCCGCGGCAGUGUAUGUGCACACACAAACUAGUGCUUUGCGUGGGUUGUUUCAUCUGUUACAGUUAGUUAUUCAGCUGUCAGGUUUAAAUCCGCUUUUCCAGCUCAAGAAACGAACACUAACGAACUAACGAACGGCGACGUUACUGCUUUCCGACUUCUGGAUUUGUGAAACCGUCCAAGCAACAUUGCGGUACAGUUAGCAUCGAAGCUAGCCUCUGCAUUGCUUCUGUCUGCGGUGCAUGUCAAGGAAAUCCAUUGGACUAUUACUUCAACGGGACGGCAUUGUUUGACGGAGGGAAUCUCGGGGCUGGAAACAAAUCGAGUCAACGAUCACCGAGCACUAGAGUAAUUUUAGUCACCAUUUAACCGCGAUAGCUUCCACUCACUACUUGUUUCACAAAAGAGACACCGCGUAGAAGAUUGAAACUCCUGCGUCUCCUUUCGUGUUGAAGCUUUGUGUGGGCUCUGACUGAAGGAGCGGGGACAGUAAAGCAGCAUGAACGGGUUUAGCACGGAGGAGGACAGCCACGAUGGUCCCCCGGCACCACCGUUUUAUGGCCAGAGCUGCUGUCUCAUCGAGGACGGGGAGAGAUGCGGCCGAUCCGCUGGAAACGCCUCCUUCAGCAAGAGGAUCCAGAAGAGUAUAUCUCAAAAGAAACUCAAGCUGGACAUAGACAAAAGUGUACGCCAUCUGUACAUCUGCGAUUUCCACAAGAACUUUAUCCAAAGCGUUCGCAACAAGAGAAAGAGAAAGACAAGCGAUGAUGGAGGAGAGUCACCUGACCAUGACGUGGAGGUUCCCGAGGUGGAUUUGUUCCAGCUGCAGGUGAACACAUUGAGACGUUACAAGCGACACUACAAACUGCAGACCAGACCGGGGCUCAACAAAGCCCAGCUUGCAGAGACUGUGAGUCGUCACUUCAGAAACAUCCCUGUGAACGAGAAGGAGACCCUGACCUACUUCAUCUACAUGGUGAAGAGCAGCAAGAGCCGACUGGACCAGAAAUCGGACAGCACCAAAGCCCUGGACUGAACUGCCCCUCCCCCCUCUCUCUCUGUCCACAUCCCCACGGCAACCAAACAGUAUGUCUGUAGACCCCCAAAACCAAAACUCAAUCUCCCAUCAUCAUCUGAGGAGGCAGACUUUACUAUGGUGAGCUCGUAUCACCUGCUUCUGAAACACUGACUCCCGCAUGCCGUCUCAAUGGUCAGACCGCUCUUUUUUGGGGUUUCUUCUGCCAAAAACAGGUGUAAAAAGCAUAUGAACUUUAUUAGGUCACUCUUUGCUCUAAUGUAAAUGUGUACAAAAUCUCGCUGUCUGAAUGCUACGUACCGACUACAUGUAUAGCUGCCUUAAGAAUCAAACAAAGCGUCUUUCAGAGGUGACUUUCCCUUGUGCCAAAUGGGAAAAGAGUUUGUGGAUCUAAAAGAGUGAACUUUUUUAAUAUGAAUGAAUGAUGUUUUUGGAAAGUAUGGCUUUGCUAAUGUCAUGUCCACCAUCAAUAUGUGUAAAAGUGCACUGUGUAACAUUCCUAGUGGGAUGUCUGCUACCUGCAUGUCUCCAUGGAGAUUGUUUGCCUGGAAUGAUCCACAAAACGGUAUUAAACUCACCAUUUACUUCAUUAUGUUUUAAUUAAAAGAAAAAUAAUCCUUGAGCAGGUUUGCCUCUCCACAGAUCUGACCUGUCAUUUGCCCUGGUGACACCACUUGAAAAGCAAUAGCGUCUCCAUGGUGAGGUGGCAGACAUUCUAGCGGAAAAGUUACAUAAUGCACCUAACCCAAGCAUUGCAAUACCAUUUUUUAAAUUCUAGAUGCUCUUAAUUGUAAAUCACCUUCAGAUAAGACACAAUUUUAACACAAACCGUUAAAUAAAUGAAAAUUAAAAGCCAAUAGCUGCUACCUAGAUUUAAAAACAAAAAACCCUCCUCUUUGACCAGGUUAUCUAAAAGCCUUAAUAAGCGUAUUCUUUGUACCAUGAUAUUGGGCAUUCAUUGUGUAUAUGGAAAUAUUUCAUGGAUUUACUCUUCCCAACUUUUCUACCCCAAAAAGGCAUUUAACAAAUAUACAUUUAUAAAACCACACACUUUAUUUCCUAUUGGUAAAAUGUAUUGAUUGAAAAAAAAGAGGAGAACCCAACUUUCUCAGAUUACUUUGGACGUUGACUGAUGCAAAGUUAAUGGUUGUUUUUAAUUUAACUUUUUUUUUUUUCUUGUAGAGCAUUUUGAUUUAUUUUUCUUCAUGCGAAUGUCUUUGUGUAUGUUGAAUUAGUGUUAUUGCCAACUCUUGAUAAUGGCUACACACACGAUUGAGACUUAUCCCAUAAAACACAUUUAUACAUAUAUAAAUUGUUGCAUACUUUUAGAAUGAUUGAGUUACAAGCUGAAUGACCUCCUAGUGAACUCCGCAAACUACACUUAAAGGUGGAAUGUGUAACUUUCUGAGUACAGGGUCCGUCACCAUGGAAAUGUUGUUGCUUUACCUGAAAUUUUCCACCACUUCCAUAUAGACAAGCACCAAUUUAGAGGUCCAAUUGUGGAGCGCUUACAGUAGAAUGCAUAUUUUUCAAGCUUUCGUUUAUUGGAAAAUAACAUCUAUAUUUAAAUAAUAAGUAAGUCUAAAGUCAUACUGUGGGACAUUCCAGAGAAAGCAAUCUCUCUAGCAUAUCAUCUCCAUGGACACAACCAGGUGUUGGAUUCUUACCAAAAAGUUCCAUUGUGCACGUUUAUAAAGUCAAUUUAAAAGUCAGAAAUUGCUUUUCUAUCUUGUCUUCCUCUCUUUAUUUCUAUAUUCCAAAAAUGUUGUAGUAUUGACCAAUCUUAGGCAUUUGACCCACUAUCCAGACCUAUCCAAACUCCAAGAUGCUGAGAUGAUUUCGGUAACACCUAGAAAUCUGAUUUUAUUAUUUUUUAUUUAUUAUUAUUGAGCCAUUAAAGGUGUGUAGCCAUUAAAAAUUGUUGUGAUUGUUAGUAAUCAUUUUAUUAUUUAAACUACAUGUCAAAUUUGGACUUCCUUCAAUGUGUUUCAAAAUCUUUUCAGUACAACAAUCAUAUUUUGACCCAGUGUUUAUGAGAACCCACAAUUUAUGCACUGACUAAAUUGGGUCUUUUGAGUUAAGUUAUACAUUUCAAAAUGUUCCCCAUUCAAAUUCAAAAUCUGUAACUCAAAUGUACAUUGAAGUUGUCCAAAUAUAGAUUUCCAAAUUAGAACUUUCAUUUCUCACCUUUUUUUAUUUCAGUUUUCUUGUAGUGUUUUGUAGAUGUCACAAGUCUUUAUUAAUCCGUAGGCACAACACAUUAAUCUAGUUGUAUUAGAAAAAUGUAUUUAAAAAUUGCUCCUGAUAUUGUUAAUAAAUAUAUUGUACAGAUGAGCCUC